AUUUCAGCUGGUCUUUUACAGCAAAGUCACUUUGAGUGGAGGUGCACACGGCCGACGAGCGGGCACGGGCGAGAUAUCGGCCAUCAGCACCAGCAACAAUAACAAGACAGAUUCCAACGGUAUCGGUAGGGCGACACAGGGCACAGGGGACAAGACAGAUAAGAUAAGCGCGUGUGUGUAGCACCAACAAUCGCGGGUAAUCCAUCACCGGUAAAGUGGAAGUAACGCACCGCACCGAGCAUGAAGCCUACCGGCGAGGUGCUGCCCGGGUUGCGGCAACUGAUGGCGAACCUGCCGAACAAUCUGGGUGCGAUUGCUGCCUACAUCAUCCCGUCGACGGACGCCCACCAAAGCGAGUACCUGGCGGCGAGGGAUGAGCGGCGUGCCUUCGUGUCCGGUUUCGACGGGAGUGCCGGCACGGCGGUCGUGACCGAGCGCGAGGCACUGCUGUGGACGGACGGGCGGUACUACCAGCAGGCAGCCAAGCAGCUGGACAGCAACUGGACGCUGAUGAAGGAGGGCCUCCCGAGCACGCCCUCGAUCGAUGCGUGGCUGGCCAAGAUCCUGAAGCCGGGUUCGCGCGUGGGCGUCGACGCUAAUCUCAUCACCACGGCCGCCUGGAACCCGCUCCAAACGUCCCUCAAAACGGCCGGGUGCAGCCUGCUCGCCGUCGAGCCGAACCUGAUCGAUCUGCUGUGGCGGGAGCAACCGGCCGUUCCACACAAUCCACUGCUGCCGCUCGGCACCACCUUCGUCGGGUGCACGGUGGCAGAGAAGCUGGCCAGCGUUCGCACGAAGCUGGCGGAGAAGCGGGCCACGGUGCUGCUGGUGAGCGCGCUCGACGAGAUCGCCUGGCUGCUGAACCUGCGUGGCACCGACAUCGAUUACAAUCCCGUCUUCUUUGCGUACGUGAUCGUGACGCCGGAGCAGCUGCACCUGUUCAUCGAUCCGGUCCAGAUCGUGCCGCCCGUGUUGGAGCACUUCGGUGCGAACGGCGUCGAGGUGCAGGUGCACCCGUACGGCGCGGUGCACACGGUGCUGAAGCGGCUCGCCGAGGCGUGCACACAGCUCGUGUGGAUUAGCUCCGGCUCGAGCUACGCCCUUACCGCGCUGAUACCGGAGGAGAAACGCUUCCACGACAUCACGCCCAUCCAGCUGAUGAAGGCGGUCAAGAACGAGACGGAGGCGCAGGGUAUGCGCGACUGUCACCGGCGGGACGGGGUCGCUCUGUGUCAGUACUUUGCGUGGCUCGAGCGGACACUCGCGUCCGGCGGCACGGUCGACGAGAUCAGCGGUGCGACGCAACUGGAGCGCUUCCGAGCCGGGCAGCAGCACUACCAGGGCCUCAGCUUCACCACGAUCAGCGCAUCCGGACCGAAUGGUUCGAUCAUCCAUUAUCAUCCGCUGCCCGAAACGAACCGGCCCAUCACCAAUCGCGAGCUGUACCUGUGCGAUUCCGGUGCCCAGUAUCUCGACGGCACGACGGAUGUAACGCGCACGAUGCACUUUGGCACACCGACGGCCGAGGAGAUCCGGGCGUUCACGUACGUGCUCAAGGGCCAGAUCGCGCUCGGGACGGCCAUCUUUCCGCGCAAGGUGAAGGGCCAGUUUCUCGACACGAUCGCACGGAAGGCCCUGUGGGAUAUCGGGCUCGACUAUGGGCACGGAACCGGCCACGGCAUCGGCCAUUUCCUCAACGUGCACGAGGGACCGAUGGGCAUCGGCAUCCGGCUGAUGCCGAACGAUCCCGGGCUCGAAGAGAACAUGUUCCUGUCGAACGAACCGGGCUACUACAAGGAUGGCCAAUUCGGCAUUCGGAUCGAAGACAUCGUGCAGGUGAUUACGGCGAACGUUGGCACCAACUUCGAUGGGCGCGGUGCGCUCACCUUCAGCACCAUCACCAUGUGCCCGAUCCAGACUAAGCUGAUCGACGUCACCCUGCUAACGCCGGCUGAACGGCAGCACAUCAACGGCUACCACGAGUGCGUCCGCAACGAGCUGUUACCGUUGUUGCGUGAGGCAAACGAUGCGGAAACGAUCGCAUGGCUCGAGCGCGAAACUGCACCGAUCUAGUAGGAGCGAGUUGAAGGGUGAAGCCUCUCUGUGACCAAUCCCGAUCCUUUUCUAACCCUCAUCGGUCCCACCAGAACUACAUCGAAUUGGUUCUGGUGUAUGCGUGCACGCAUUGUUCAUACCCGUGUAAAAAGGCACACACGAAAAAAAAAAAACCAAACAACUUUCGUUCGUUUUGUUUCGCGCAUUGGCAUGUUUUGUAUUCUUUAUUGAAAAAAAAAAUGAAUUAGUGUCAAAAAUUCUAAAAAUUGUGUAGUAAAACCGGCAAAUAGAAAAUAAUCUUUUGGAGUAAUAUACGAAAACUCGGGGAAAACAUGCAAUUGAUAUCAAUAUUUUUACGAACGAACCGAUGAGGGUAAAUUGCUAGCUUCCGCACUGACAGCCGGCUUUUGCGGUACUCAGUGAGAGGGGAUCGACAGUGGGGAUUUUACCGGUCGCCAAUGCAUCGGCGCUGUUUUUUUUCUUUACAUUCUUUCUUUCCUUCUUUAGUCCUGCAUUCAUAAACUCCGCUCGUAGGCCACAGCAUUUGAGUGUUUGGGUACUGAUGCCCGAAACGGAAACCGUGCCGCACAAGCCUCUACUAGGACAAAUAAAAUGGCCUUUACACUCUA